UUUGUUUUGAGGUGACACCCUGUUUAUUAUGACAUCCGGCCUUAAAGAAAUGUAAACAAACCAAAAAGUAGAGUAUCAAAUUGUAGAUUGAACCUUGCGAAAGCGUUUUACUGUUAUUUUUAAGGAGUUAUAAAAUCUUUAAUAUAUAUUAACUAUAUUAUCAAGCUUAAUUUAUUACAUUAAUAAAAAAAAAUGCCUCCUGUAAAAAGAACUAGACGGUGUAAUUUAUAUGGUGGUAGCCCUUCUGAUCUUCCUAUUACAGAUCUAGCAACUUAUGGUGAUGUACCAAGAUUUUUCUACAAAUUAAAAGAUUUAGAUGGUAUUAAAGACAAAAAUAUUAUUAUUCAAAGAACGCUUUUUAGUUUAAAAGAAAUAUGGUUCAAUUGCAAUUCCAAAUUAGUUUUGUUACCUGAAAAAAGUUUGAUUGUUAAACUUUUAAGAUUUUAUAAUAAUGUUAUUUCUUGGAAUGGAAAUAAAAUUAAACCUUUGACCAAAAAAUUGUUGGAAAAAAAUAAAGAAAAACUUUUUGAUCUGCUAGCAUGUAACUGCAAGCUUGAAGUUCUUCCUUGUGAUGACAGGAAUAUCAAAUGCUCAGGUUGUUCAAAUGUGCAUCUUUACUGUAGUUGUGUUGGUAGUAAAAAAGUUCCUUUGGAAGAGCGCUCCUAUAUAAAAGACCAAAGGGAGAAAAUUGGUACUAAAGGAAAGUUUCAAAUAGGAGGUAUUGAUAACUCUGUUUUAUCACCUACUUCAAGAAAAACAAAGCAAACAAAAGCUUCUGAUGAAGAAAUUUAUAUUAAAGAGUUUGACACAAUCAUGGAGUCAGAUCAGAGUGAAACUUCAAUUUCAUCAUUAAAUCAGACUGGAUCAAAGAACUAUAACACUACCCACUAUUCCAAAUUUGCUUUAGAGGUAAUUAGAUAUGGAAUAUCAGAUGAAGCAGCUGCCGCUGUAGCUAAUGCUCUACUUCAAGAUAUUGGUUAUCUACAUCUAAAUGAUGUAAUUGAUCCAAGUAAAAUGAAAAGAGAGAAAGAACGAGUAUGCUUUAAUGCUAGUUUUGAGCAAUCUAAAGUUUCAAAUAUAAAGGCAAUUGGUUUGGAUAGCAAACGUAAUAAAAACUCAUUGGUUUAUGAACAGAAAGAUAUUGACAGUGAAAUAAAUCUUUGUAAAUCUACUAGCACUGUAGACCACUUGACAUUCACAAUUGAAUCAGUAAGGCGAGUUGCAAGGUCAAUAUCUAAAACACAUAGAUGUACCUAAAGAAAAAGGUAAAGGAAAAGAUCUUGCUGAAUUUACCUGUAAUGUUCUCAAGAAGUUUAAGAGUGAUAAAAGUAUCUAGGCAAUAAUUUUGGAAAAUACAAGUGUUAAUACAGGACCAGUUGGAAAAUCUUUGACAAAUCCAAUUCAUUUAAAUUUAACUGUUGACUUCAUACAAGUUGAGACAGACAUUGAAUAUCCUCCUCUGUGUGUCAUUAAAGACCUCUCUGCUGACCAGAGUAUGCUACUGGAAUAUAGUAUUAGAAUUUCUAGAGGGUUUUCAGACAAUAAGUAUCUGAGAAAAAAAAUAGACCCUAUUUGUCAUGCAAGGUGGCUGACAACAGCAGUACGGAUCUUGGCACUAUACACAAGAACAAUCAAUCCCAGUAGAGAGCUCAAAAUCUUUGUUGAAUAUAUUCAAACAGUAUAUACUCCUAUGUGGUUUAAUAUUAAAAAGUCUAAGAGUUUCACAGAGGGUCCUAAACUUAUUUUCCAAUUUAUUCAGCGGAUUUUGAGGUUGGAUACUGAAGUUCAAAAUAUUACAUUGCCCAUAAUUUAUAGAAACUCUUUUUGUCUCCAACCUGAAAAUUUUAUUGCUGCUCUACUUUAUUCUGAAGAACAGGUUUAUAGAACAAUUGCUGUUGUUAAGAUUUUGGAAACAAGAAAAACUCUAAUUAAGGAUCCUAAAAAUGGAAUAAAAGAUGGUAUUAGGGUUAAUGCCAUUCCAAUUAUUGAUUGUAGAUGUAAAAACUGGUCAAAAUUAAUAAAUCUGUAUGAUAUAGAGUGUUUUGAGCCCCCUUGUGUGGAAGAUAUAUCAAAUGAGGAGCUUUUGAAUAUGAUACCGAAUCAGGGAAAGGCUCCCAACUUUCCGUGCCACUUGCAAACGGUCGAAAGAGCAGUGAAAAUGACUUCUGAUGCUAGCGGAAAAUUUAUUAACCUCAAGAAAAGAAAUGCUUAUAUUCUAGCUAAAUGCCAAAGUCAAAAGAAACGAAAAUAUUUUAGAACAAAGAAAGAUUAUACAUUGUAA